GCUAGUUGUUCGUGUUUUCGUUAAAACUCAAGCAAGCUUCGUUUUCAAAACUCGUAAUCCUGACAAAUGAUUCCUUAGGUCGACCAGGUAGGUUUAAUGGUUGAAUGGUUAAAUGAUUGUUAGGCCCCUGUGACUAGAAGGGGUCAAAUCAAACCAAUAAGAAAGAGCGGGUGAAGGAUUGUGAUAAAGUGACAAAGUUAGGAAGGACCGAAGGGAAAGUUUUUUCUGAGAAAUGAAAAGAAGGCGCUCUGGAGGGGGUGUGUUGGAGCAAGAGCGAGGGAGGGGAGCUUUACGCACGGGGAUAAAUGCGCUCUUUCAUUUGGAAGCGGAGGACAUCCUACCGUCGGCGCGCGUUGGGCUUGAAAAUGUUUGAAAAUAAAACAGGACUCGGAAGAAACGGAACUCAGAGGCGGUGAACAGCUUAUUGCCCUGUCAAGUUAUAUGUUGAAGUGUAUUAUUAUAUGGACGUUUCAUUUGAAUGCAAUUGAUUGAACAUCAAUUAAGCCGAGGAAUAGAACCACAUCUUCUUGGAAAUUGUAUCUUGUCCGAACAGUUUUUCCCAUCAGGGAUGGUUUUAAAGCAGUCCUAAAUAGCUGUUGCCCGGCUGGACAGUGGGGAUCGAUGAAAGAGACACCACGACCCUCACCGAGGUGUCCGUUAUGCACUCUGAGGCGCGCACUUUAUUUAGCCUGACAAGCCUUAAGAUUGUUUAAAAAAAGUUCGAAGAAGGAUGUUUUCGACCCGGCUGAACGUUUUCUGUUGUAUAUAAUGGACGGUUUGUGUACGCUGGAGAAACACUAUUGGAGCCCCGUUUGAACAGGUUUAACGAAUCCAUUGGGGACGAGCUAGAGAAACGUGGAUGCUUGUUGUCACGCCAAUGUAGCCCACACAGGCUUGACAAUCUUAAGGCCCCCCACACUGUCCAUAUAGUCCAAGGACCUUUAUCGUCAUUCCAAUGGAGGGCGGGAACCUUUUAUAUUUUCUGAAGUUCAUCCUUUUAUAUCAAGGGUUGUGUCACUGUUUCAACAUCGACGUGAAGAACCCACACAUCUUCACCGGCCCUGAGGACGCGCUCUUCGGCUUUUCCGUCCUGCAGCACGAGGACAACGGAGAGAAGUCGAUGCUGGUUGGUGCUCCCUGGGACGGACCGUCCAAUAACAGGAGAGGAGAUGUGUACAAAUGUGUUGUUGGAGAGGAGAGGACCUCCAACUGCAGCAAAAUGAAUCUAGGUGAGACGGCUCUUCAGAACGUGUCCAGGAACCUGAAGAACUCCCACCUCGGGAUGACGCUGACUCCAGACCGACCCGAUGGCUUCCUGGCGUGUGCCCCUCUGUGGUCUCAGGAGUGUGGGACAUCUGUGUUCAGCACUGGGAUCUGUGCCUCUGUCAGCGAUGACCUGAAGCCUAGAGAGACCAUCGCACCGACAGCUCAAAGGUGCAGCACCUACAUGGACAUUGUGAUCGUGCUGGACGGCUCCAACAGCAUCUACCCCUGGUACGAGGUCCAGAACUUCCUCAGCAACAUCCUCAGCAAGUUCCACAUCAGCCCCGAGCAGAUGCAGGUUGGUAUACUGCAGUAUGGCGAGGUAGCCCUCCAUGAGUGGUCUCUGAAAGACUACCAGACCACUCAGGAGGUGGUGGAGGCAGCCAAGAACAUCAGCCGGCAGGAGGGGCGGGAGACACGCACAGCAUACGCCAUUCACAUGGGCUGCACCGAGGCGUUCAGCGCCGAGCGGGGAGCGCGCGAUGGCGCCACUAAGGUCAUGAUCGUGGUGACAGACGGGGAGUCACAUGACGGGGAGGAGCUACCGGAGGCGCUGGAGGAGUGCGAGAAGAGGAACAUUACACGAUACGCCAUCGCUGUCCUGGGCCAUUACAUCCGCAGGCAGCAGGACCCUGGGACCUUCAUUGACGAGAUCAAGUACAUCGCCAGCGACCCCGACGACAAAUACUUCUUCAACGUGACGGACGAGGCAGCACUGAAUGACAUUGUGGACGCCCUGGGGGACCGUAUCUUCACGCUGGAAGGCACGUUGGGCUCCAACCAGAGCUCCUUCCACAUGGAGAUGUCGCAGAUCGGCUUUUCAACGCACAUCCUGGAUGAUGGGAUCCUGUUUGGCAUGGUGGGCGCCUACGACUGGGACGGAGGAGUGCUGAAGGAGGGGGUGAACGGGCGCAUCAUGCCCCCCAGGGAGGCCUUCGAGUCCGAGUUCCCCCUGGAACUCAAGAACCACGCUGCUUAUCUAGGCUACACCGUGUCCUCUGUGAUUGUGGGGGACUGGAGGCGGCUGUACGUGGCCGGGGCCCCACGGUUCAAACACAAGGGUAAAGUGAUCCUGUUUGAGCUGAGCGACGACGGGGACGUGGACAUCGUUCAGGCUCUGAACGGAGAACAGAUUGGAUCGUACUACGGCAGUGAGGUGUGUGGGCUGGAUAUUGACCAGGAUGGCAUCACGGAUGUGCUGCUGGUUGCAGCUCCCAUGUUCCUGGGCUCCGGGAAUAAAGAGGCUGGCAGAGUUUACAUCUACACGUUUAAUGGGGAGGGGGUGUUUGUGCUGAAUGGGACCCUGAAGGCGGUGGUCAGGACCCAGGACGCCCGGUUCGGUUACGCCAUGGCCGCCGCACCCGACCUCAACCACGACGGCUUCAGCGACCUGCUGGUGGGUGCGCCGCUGGAGGACGACCACCGGGGGGCGGUGUACCUCUACCACGGAGACAACAUCUACAUCUCCCACGACUACAAACAGCGCAUCGCAGCCGUAGACAUCUCCCCGUCACUGCGGUAUUUUGGCCGCGGUGUGAGCGCCCGUCUGGACAUGGAUGGAGACGAGCUGAUAGACCUGGCCGUGGGGGCCCAGGGCAGCGCUGUCCUGCUCAGCUCCCGUAGCAUCGUCCAGGUCAACGUGAGCCUGGACUUCCAGCCCCACUCCAUCAACGUGAUCCAGAAGACCUGCCAGAGGGGCAGCCGUGACUCGGCCUGCCUCAACGCCACCGCCUGCUUCCUGGCUGUGUCCCGGUCUCCAGGAACCCAGGCCAACAGCUUCGCCUUGUGGAUCACGGCCAUGCUGGACGACAGGAAGCUGUCGGCCCGGGCGCUGUUUGAUGACAACUCCCAGCGACAGACGCAGAUGGUGGUUGGGGUUCAGACGGGACAUAUGCUCUGCUACAGCCUUCCCUUCCACGUCUAUGACACCGCUGACUAUAUCCGUCCAAUCAGCUUCUCGCUGCGUUACAAAAUCAACAACACGGAGAGCGGCCCGGUGCUGGACGAGGCCUGGCCCACCACCGUCAAGAAGUUUAUCCCUUUCUUUAAGGAUUGUGGUGAGGAUGACGUGUGCACCACAGACCUGGUCUUGAACGCACACAUGGAUAUCUCUGGGACCAGGCACAAGCCCUAUGUGAUCCGGAGCCCCCGCAGACGGCUGGCCGUGGAGGUUCAGCUCCACAACAAGCUGGAGAAUGCGUACAACUCCAGCCUGGUGCUGCACUACUCACGCAACCUGCACUUCUCCAGCCUUAGCAUCAGGGACGACACUCAGUUUAAGAUUGAGUGCACAGCGCUGGGGUCCAACAGUCACUCCUGUAACGUCAGCUACCCUGUGUUCCGGUCCCAGUCCAAGGUAGACUUCAUGCUGGAGUUCGAGUUCAGCUGUACGUCGCUACACAGCCGGGUCCAGAUGAAGCUCAAUGCGGCCAGCGACAGUGUUGAGCGAGAGGACACUCUGGCGGACAACAGCGUCCAGCUGCAGAGCUUUGUCCAGUACGAGCCAGACCUGUUCGUCAGCAGUGACUCCAAGCUGAACCGCUACGAGGUCCACCCCUCCAGGACGAUGUCCGAGGCCGUAGGGCCUGAGUUCUACACCAACUUCAAGCUGCAGAACCUGGGCUGCUACGCGGUGAACAACAUGGAGCUGCGGCUGAACCUGCCUGCGGUGGCCGCGGGGGACAGAGUGUUUAUGAACGUCACUGAGGUCUUCUUCCACAACGCUACUGGGGUGAACUGCAGUGUAGUGAGCGAUCUGGCCCGGCUGAAGGGCAGGCAGAGAGACGUACGGCCUCUCCACCCUGAAGACAUGCUGCAGAAUGACAUUCUGAACUGCAGCAGGUCCUGGUGCGUAGAGGUGGUGUGUGACGUGCGGCAGCUCCUGAAAGGACAAGAAGUCCUUAUUCGCGUCAGUCGCAGGGUUCAAGACGAAUUCUUCAGAAAAGCCAAGUACAAGUCAGUAAAGGUAGUCGGCACUUAUCGCCUGGCAGCCCAGGAGAGUCACCUCAUCACCCUGGGGGCAGGCGCUGUCUGGAGAGAGACGGUCUUGGAGGUGCUCAAGGGGCGCGCCAUUCCCAUCUCACUCUGGAUUCUGAUUGGUAGCAUUAUUGGAGGCUUGCUCUUAUUGGCGCUAAUCAUCUUUGUAUUAUGGAAGGUACGUUUAAAUGGCUUUUACCCAAUCCGUUUUAAAUGGUUCUACAUAACUUGUCGAUUCUGCGUCCUACUCAUCCUAUAAGAUAUAUAUAAGAUAUUAUAGGAUGAGUAGCACUGCAGAAGCAGUGGCUCCUUUCAUUGAUUGCUGUGAUCAUUAAUGCCCCGGUGUCUCUCGUGAUGAAGCUGGGCUUCUUCACACGGAAACAGCCCGAGGAAGAGGAGACCCAGGAGGAGUGAAGCGGUCAGCUGCCAUGACAACGGUUGUGAUGGUUACCCGAGUGGUCCUUCCCACAUGCUGCCAAUGACAGUCCCGGGUCCCUCACAGCGCUAGGUCUUGGAUCCAGAGCUCUACGCCUCAACUAGGACCUCCAGGACCAGGGGAAAAUGGAGGUCCGACAGGAAUGCACUACCCACUAUUCAUAGGGUCGGGGGCACUUAUGUAAAUAACUUUUUCUACUUUGUUUUUUGACUCAAGUGCAUUAAACAAUUGUCCUUUUAUUUAAUAUUCAGACAUCAUUUUACAUUUCAGCACAUUACGUUGUCCUAUGUCUGUCUCACUGUCUCUGUCCGUCUGUUGUCGAAAUUAAAGAGUUUGAACAGAU